ACUCCCAGUCUCUUUACGAUGAAAAAACAAAACGUAUUGAACUUUUCACUUUUAACCCGGAAACACCUCAUUACAGGUUACUUCCUUUUUUAAGUAGUCGUCGUGGUUAGAAAGUGAUAAGUUUUCAGGUAAAGAUGGCUAGUCCGUUAGUUCAAGAAAAUGUUUGGCUUCAGCAACAGAAAUUUGAAGAUGCUGAACGUCUAUACAGACAGUUGGAAGCUGGUACACUGUCUUCUAGUGGACAAAAAGUCAGCAACUCAUUGGCUGCUGAUAUAGCACAAGUCAGAAAAGAAAUACAGAGCGCAUUAGAUAAAGCACCAGUUAAGGGAGCUGGUGGUGCUGGUGAUUCUAGUAUUGUACAGCGCCUUGAAGCUGUGGAAAAAGAAAACAAAGAAUUGAGGAAAAUUACUGAAGAGCUCCGGUCAUUGAUACUUGGUAUUAAAGGAGGAUCCGCACCUGCCACAACACCAUCCAGUGCCCCACAAGGCAAACCUGCACCUCAGCCACAGAAACCAGCACCAGCUGAUGACGACGACGACGAUGAUGAUGACUUGUUUGGAAGCGAUGAUGAAGAAACAAAGGCAUUGAAAGCCAAGAGAGUUCAAGAUUAUCAAGAGAAAAAAUCUAAAAAGCCAGCUCUGAUUGCCAAAUCAAGUGUCCUUCUUGAUGUCAAACCUUGGGACGAUGAAACAGACAUGGCUGAAAUGGAAAGAAGGGUUCGUGCUAUUGAACAAGAUGGAUUAGUCUGGGGCGCAUCAAAACUUGUAGAAGUUGGCUAUGGAAUCAAGAAACUGACCAUCAUGUGUGUUGUGGAGGACGACAAAGUCAGCAUUGAAGAUCUUUCUGAGAAAAUCACUGGGGAAAAUGAGGAUUUAGUCCAGAGUGUAGAUAUUGCUGCAUUUAACAAGAUUUAAUUGGACAAAGACUAGACUCUUAUUUAAAAUUGUAAUAAAUAUUAUUUACACAUGUU